AUGGCGGACCGCACAGCCGAGCUACCUCCUCCUCGUGCCGAACAGGCCUACUUCACCGUAUUCGCCAUCGAAACCGGAGUACUAUCUCUUCCCGCUUUCCUCCUUCUCGACCCGAAUGAUGUCGACCCGACCUCGCGUUGGGCCGCUCCGGCGCUGUCAUUCGUCCUUCAGCACAGUGCAAACAAAGGGUACACCCUUUUCGACCUUGGAAUCCACAAGCAGUACAAGAGCUUGCCCCCGGCAGCCCUCGAGAUUAUCCCCUACUUCGAGCCUGUGAGCGUUGCAGAAGACGCCGCAGACCACAUCAUCGCCGGCGGUCUACAACCAUCCGACAUCUCGCAUGUCAUCAUCUCGCACGCCCACUGGGACCAUACAGGAGAGCCCGGCCUGUUUCCCAAAGCAACCGUCGUAGUGCACCAAGGAACGAAGGAUCGCGUCGACAACGGAUAUCCGAAGAACCCUCGGUCCUCCCUUCCGCAGGACUUACUCCCAUCCGACCGGGUGCACGUACUCGACGACACUACCGAAUGGCGACCCAUUGGCCCAUUUCCCCGCGCGUACGACCUCUUUAGCGACGGCAGCGCGUACAUCAUCGACGCGCCUGGACAUGUCGAGGGCCAUAUUAACCUACUCGUGCGCACUUCGGCGGACGGCGCCUGGAUCAUGCUUCUCGGCGACUCCUGCCACGAUCGCCGGUUGCUCUCGGGCGAACUGCACUUCGCCAUAGACGUCGACGAGCAAGGUCGCCGAACGACGAAGAUGCACACCGACUUGGUCGCUGCACAGGGACAUCUUGUUCGUGUGAGGGAAUUGAUGAAGAACCCGCGCGUGCGCGCACUGUUGGCGCAUGACGUCCCUUGGUGGGAGGAGAGGAAGGGGUUUUGGCCUGAUAAGAUCGCGUCCCUCUGA